ACCCAGGCUCUGGGCUGAGCCAGGAUCUGUGAUCAAAUGGGGAGAGACUGUGACCCUCUGGUGUGAGUGGACUCUGGGGGCCCAAGAGUACCAUCUGUUUCAAGUGGGAAGCCAAGUGCCCUGGGAGACCCAGACCUCAGAAAAGCUCGUGAACGUGGCCAAGUUCUCCAUCCCAUCCAUAACAGAAAAAAGUGCAGGGCGAUAUCAUUGUUACUUUAGGAGUUCUGCUGCCUGGUCACAGUACAGUGAUGUCCUGGAGCUGGUGGUGACAGGAGUCUCCAGCAAACCCAGCCUCUCAGCCCUGCCCAGCCCUGAGGUGACCUCAGGAGGGAACGUCACCCUCCAGUGUGCCUCACAGAGGGGAUUUGACAGGUUCGUUCUGACUGGGGAAGGAGGAGACAAGCUCUCCUGGACCCUGGACUCACAACGAGGCACCAGUGGGCAGGCCCAGGCCCUGUUCCGAGUGGGCCCCGUGACCCCCAGGCAGAGGUGGAUGUUCAGAUGCUACGGCUAUGACAGGAGCAAACCCCUGGUGUGGUCGGAGCCCAGCGACACCCUGGAGCUCCUGGUCUCAGCCUCACGCUCCCAGGACUACACUGUGGAGAAUCUCAUCCGGAUGGGCCUGGCGGGCCUGGUCCUCCUGGUCCUCGGGAUUCUGCUGUGUGAAGCUCAGCACAGCCAAAGAAGCACUCGAGAUGCCGCCAGGAAGUAAAGACAGCAGACAGCAGCCACUGCUCGGAGCGGUAGAGCCGUGGGAACACACCUGAUGGUCUCAGAAGUUCCGGAGAAAAUAUGUUGCAAGCGGGGACUUCUGUUUAGCAAACGUCCAGGAGGCCAUCACGUCCAGGAGGUUCGAGCACGGGGAGUCAGCAGGUGUGCGGCACGGAGCUCUUUCCCGCACGGAGGGCAGCGCUUCCCUCCCUCUCACUGCAGGCUCUGCGGACCGCCCCUGCUCUCCUCCUGUUCCGUAUGUGAGGGGGCGCCCCAGGGGCCGGUUCGGGUCUCACUUUUGCACCCUUCGUGCCCUGUUCCACACUCAUGUGACAUUUUCCUUCACUGUAAUUACAACUUUCCCCAGUUGUAUGAAUGAGGCCCCAUCCUUUCAGCUGACAACCCGGAGUUGGUACAAAUAACAGAAAAAUGUGCAAAAAUAAGAUUCCAGCAUGAAAGAAACUAAUGCAGAAUGAUGUCCUCACACCCUUUCUGGGCCCCGAAACCCAUGAGCCAUCAUCAGAUGACCUUUACGAGGUUUUUCCUGAAAUAUAACGAGUUGGUCUCAACACUGA